ACACGUUCGAAACGAACGGUGACGUUAGUGUCGUCGAGACGGAAGGGAGUUCUUCGUAAGUUCUCGCUAAAAGGAGGUUAGAACUUCAAAGAAAGCUUCUUGCUGUACGCGUACAUUGUUUAGAGUCGGCCAUAAUAAGUUAUACAAACGAAUGACAAAGUGGUUGAUUUUUUGUGUGAAUCGUUUUCCGCCUACGCGUAAAGAAAUAUCGAAUUUUCGGUGAGGUGGUUAUUAGUCAUAGAAGAAAAAAGAAAACGACAUAAAAAUAACUGUGAGAUAUCAUCGAACAACGGUGAUCCACGUACGUUCUCGGGUUUAUAAUUUACGCGUGCAGAUAGAGCAAAGCGGUCAUAAUCGUGAGCACGAGGGACGAAACUAAAAGAUGGAAAAGUGGCGCUUGAAGGGAAAGCAACCGCUCAAGGAGGAAAGUGUUCUGCCGCCUACUCGACGUUCCUCUGGACAGAACUGCUUGCCCAUGGACAAAAAGAAAGACAAGAAAUGGUCCUUCGGCGGACUACUGCGGAGAAUAUCCUCCGGACAACACAACGACACUUCCUCUAAUGAGGAAGACAUAACUUAUAUACCCGGUCACAUGUUGGCUAAGAAACAAACAAAAAAAGUUAGUAAAAUGAAGUCAAAGCUGGGCAAAAUAGCUGUAGAGGAUAAAGGCGAUAAAAACUCAUUCGUCAAAGAGAAUUUUGGUCAGACGGAAAGCAGGGAAAUCGAAGAAUCUGUGAGAAGUUCCAGAGUGACUAUGAAUCAAUCGCAAGAUUCUAUUUUCAGGGUUCGCAAUGAUUCUACCAAUUCACCCAGCAGCAGAGGUUCACUCGAAGUUGGUGGGAAAAACAGCAGAUUAAGCAGGAUGAAAGCUCGUGCUGCUGCAAAAAGAGACCGGCUGUGUGGCAAUGCCAGCUCGGACGAUGAUUCUCACAAUUCGAGUCAGUCCUCGAUGAAGUUUCGCAGCGAGGACAGCAUACAGACGUCAGUUCAGAGAACGGAUUCUUACAGCAGGCGAACGAGAGGGGCCAGAACCGAGAGAUACAUAAAACGAAUGUCCCGCGACGAUUGUAACAGCAGUAGCGAUUUUUCUAAUCCGGUAGAUUCCAACGUUCGCAGAAGCACCGAUUUUCCCAAAAUUCCGUCACCGGUUGGAUCUUCCUCGAGAUUCUUCGAUCGUUUGCCGCCUAAUCUGAACGUUCAAGAAAUUCAGGAAUGUGACAAAUUCACUUGGCCAAAGACGAACUUACGUCGAUCGAAUCCCAGCGACGCGAUAUACGGUUCUCUCAGACCGCGACAAAUAACGGUGGUGAAUGAAGAACAAAGUAAAAAAGUUUUGCCACCGGAACCGCCGCCGCGCUCUUCCAAAUCGAGGAUUUUCUCGACCGCUCCUAAUCCACCGUUUCCAUUCAACAAUCAACCCGUUACCCAACAACCCUGCCGACGAUAUUACGAGCCCAGGAAUCCCACGAAUGUCCGCAGUUGCAUGUCCGACAACGAAACUUUCCAUGAUUGCCGUUGGACGGAAGUCGCUCCUGUGGAAUUUCCCACGGAAUCAAUCAAUCCUUAUAGAAACGAAAAUUACGACACGAUCAAUCAUUCGCACCGGCUCAACAGCCCUGUCAAUCGUUUGCGACGCGAAUAUCCCCCGGAACAGAGGAAUUACGCGACCAGGGAUGGCCUCGAAAACACCGUUUCUUCCCCGACCAAUCAAGCUCGUACGACUCGUUCCUUACCCAAAGGAGUAGAACUGUUUUCAAGGCAGAAGUUGGCAAAUUGUGCGGAUGACGAGAAGAGUUACAAAGUGCCAGAACCAUCGUGGUUCGACAGCUCGGAAUCGUAUCAUCCGGUUCCUAGGCCGAGAACACGUCGCGAGUCCAACCAAAGUCCCGAAUCAAAGAAAAUAUUAGACGAGAACGAGGCCGAGAGGAAGAGAAGUUCGAGAAAUCUUCAAGAAGCCCUGUUCGAGUUGGAAGCCAUAUACAACAGUCUACGCCUGAGCGAUCCUGAUCUGUUGGAACGUGCGGAGCAGCGUACGAUGGACGAGUACCGUGACAAUGCGGCGAGAAGCAUCGCCGAGCAUUCGUCUAAGAAUUUAUCGGACGCAUCGUCGAACGAGAAUCACGAAGUUUCUCAUUGGAAUUCACAGUCGGAUACGAAUUUGAGAAUAAGCGAUGACAUGGCUUACAGACGUAUGAACCCCAAAGAGCGACCAUCCUCCGUAAACGGUCAAUCUUCCCUACCGCAAAUAAGUUAUUUAGCCACAUCGCCGAAUCUCUCGAUUCGCGACAACGAUUCUUUCCGUCCAAGGAGCAGCAGCAGCCGACGUUCCAGUCCGGAUUUGACGCGGGACGAUGUGCUCUUCCGCAGCAUAAGUCACGCUAUAAACACGUUAAAAGUCAUCGAGCCUCAGCCACCGUUCGGCAUCCCCCUCGGACCGGUGACCGGCUCAACCGAGAGCGACUAUUUGCACGUUAAACCAACGUCCACGAAAUUCGGGCAAACACGCUCGCUUUACAUACCAAAAUCCGAGCCUGAUGUCGUCAGCGACGAUCUCGCCUUCAGAAAUCUUCGCAAAGACAAAGAUAAUCAUGUUGGAACCAAUAAAAAUACUAAUUAUUAUUUACAGAUGGACUCGUUGAUCGAGCCCCAUUUAACGUUCAAGUACGAUACCUCGAGCCUCGGUACCAGGAAGAAGCGAGCUGUCAGAUCGAACUCGGUCGAUUCAACCAACCAAGACACCGAUUGGUACAACGAAUACGUCAAAUCAACUCAGAAACUGAGCUUUUCUCCGGAAUUGAGAGGCCAACCGAACAGAUUCGAUUCCACCAACUCCUCGUCGUACGGCGUAACGAACAACGCCACCAAUUACCAUGACAACGUUCAUCUGGACAUCAAUGGUAAUCAACCAAAGAGUGCCUUACAACGAAAAAUUCAGGUUUACGUUCCUCGAGAUAAUUCUCCUUAUGACAAUGAAAAAUACCUCCUCGAUUACGAUUGCAAGUUGGCUCGUGAGCCUUGCAAUUCGAUGCGCAAGCUGAUGGCCACCGAGUCCGAAGACUCGUGUCCAGAGCGUUGCUGCAAUUCGCGCGAUUCAUCAGCCAGCGACGUCCGACGUGACAACGACGAUAAAAAUAUCGAACAGUUCACAGACCAAGAGAUUUCAGAGUACAAACAACUCUGCCAAGACCUGGAAAAAUUGAUCCGUCAAACUGCUGAUGACGGUACGAAAGACAAAGAUGAUGCUGAAGACCAGGACAUGGCGACAGGCGAAACUGAGAACAAUUCCCAAUCCGAAUUCGACGAAUGGGAGAGACUUUUCAACGACGACUACGAAGUUCCAGCGAGCAUAUUGAAUUUUAACGAGAGUUUGGAAGUACCGAGUACCGAGAGAGACGACGAUCACAGCUCGUCGCGGUCGGUGGGCUUGAGCAGCGACAAUCUGCCGAUUACGUCGAGAAAAAUUGGCGACGAUGAUUUACUUUCGUCCGCGAGUGAACUGGGCAUUUGCAGCAAUAACGGAAGUCUGCCGGACAGCGUUUACGACAAGUUCAAUCAACUGCUGAGAGAAGUCAACGACUUACCGGUGGUGGAAUAUACCAACAAAGUUGGUAAAUAUCCGACCGACGAGCUCGAAGCUGCGAGAAAUCAUUUGCGAGAAAAUGAAAGAAACGAUGAGCGAAAACCCUCGGGCUCCGCGAACAGCAGCGACGACGGAACCGCCACGAGAAAUUCGCACGAUUCUCCGCGUCUCCUGGAAUACAGGGCCAAAGUUAUGUCACAAAACAGAGCUCUGGAGGACCAAGAUUUAACAAAAAGUUUAGAACGUUUGAAGAGCUUGACUCGACGCAUGAGAAGCGAAGAUGCGAAUCGAGAGUUUCUGGAAUUGGCGAGUAACGACGAAAGCCACUUCGAUUUUGAAGGGAAAAAGGUCGAUAAGCCCAGUUACCAAGAAGAAUCGAGUGGUUCAACGGACAGCGUUUACGACAAAUUCAAUCAGUUGCUUCAGGAAGUAAACGAUGCUCCCCCCGUCGAAAAUACCAAUAAAAUUGGAAAAUAUCCACCGGUUGAGCCCACCACGUCGAUCGACAAUCCCGAAGAGAUUGCAGCGAACAACGAUUCCAGGGUGCGGGGACCCGAGCUCGAAAUAAGUGAUACACAACCAGGACAAACUCAGGAACCGAGUCCAGGAACGUCAGGCAAUAUUUCGAACCUUCAGGAGCACAGAACCAAAGUCGUAUCGCCAAAUAAUUUCCCGGUGAAUCAACGUUCGGGUGAAGCGUCGAAUAAUCGUUCAAUGCUUUUGACAAGACGCGUGAAAAGCGUCGAAGACGAAAGUCAUCGGACGAGAAACGAGGGAAGAAAUACGAGGCCAAAGCCCAAGAUAGACGAGCAGACGUUCGCCUAUCGCGAAGGUUGAGGCUAUCACGAUGCAAACGAUACUGAACGAGCGAAUACAAAAAAAACGAAAGACGAGAGCGAAAUAAGAGAUCUCGAGGAUCGUAGAGAGCGAUAAUUAACAAAAUGGUGAUACACGAAAGAUUCGAUUUAUUUAAUUAUAUUAUCCUCUAACACUUGUAAUGUAUUGUUGAAGAAUUAUUAUAGUAUAGUCAAUUGUUAUCGAUUUUAAUAAAGUUUAUUGUUUCCUUGAAAGGGGAAACCAAA